AUGUCCGACGUUUCGAGAUUCAGCGAGUGUCGCGUUCAGGAUGGAUCGCCCUUUUUUACCAAAUUUCCCCCCGAGAUCCGCCGCUUCAUCUACCGUGAGGCCUUUGGGGAUCGUCGAGUUCACAUUGUUUCGAAAGAGACACACUACAUCAAUCCUCAGAAGAAUAUGUCGACGACUGUUUCGCGCCGAUGGAUGCACCAUGUCUGUAUCCGAGAGAUUCCCGACAAUGAUGAUGCUGCCCAUCCUCUCCAUGAGGACAACAACAAGUCGUGCCGCCUGGCGACACAAAUUCUUCGAACCUGCAAGCAAGCGUUCGAAGAAGGCAUCCAGCUGUUGUACACGUCAAACGUCUUUGCCUUUGAUGGGGGUCACAGCAUGAGCCACUUCCAAGACACCUUCCACCUCGCCAGCCUCAUCAGAUCCAUCGAGGUGUACUCUAACACCAUGGUGUUCGGGGAUAACGAUGUGAGACCAAUAGCAGGCGAGCUCGAUACCAUCACCCAAGCCCUGGAAAAGCGGCAGACACCUAUCGAGCUGCGAAUCAAUUUUUCAGUCAAGAGCUCGCAGAACUACGAUCCUCUGAAAGCCGGGGAGAUGGCCCACGAGCGAGCGAUGGGUAGCCUGGUGGCGUGCUUUGCAGGAGAGUUCCUUGACGUCUUCUUCGGCGUGGAUCGUUGUCGCCUUGACAUUGACUUGCACUACAAGCUGAAGGACGGGUUUGAAUACUCGCUGGAGAGGGUAGCCCCUGUUGGCUUGGGGACCCCGCCUAUCGAGAUCACGUGCUUUCAUUAUGCUGAUGAAGUGGAUGAGGAGUCGGACGAAGAAACAGAGGAUGGUGGGGAGGACGGGGAGCUUUGA